CUGAGAACUACUAAAAGGCCUGCCAGAACAAGCCCCAAAUGCCAAAAACACGCACGACCAGGAGGCCUCAUGUUUGUCGUUGAAAUCUUCCUAAACUUCUGAGACAUCUGCCAAGCAUCUGGAAAGCACCGCGUAAAGUUAUGGGCGGUUUGGUGCUCUACAACAGGCGCUGGAACGUCGCUAGUGACGAUUUCUUCUUCCCAGCCGUCUAUGGAUUGUGUGUUCACUUCCUCUGGCUACUCGGAGCGAUUUUAGUGUAUCGCCAUACGUCUACGAGUCAAGAGCACGAAUGCUAUAAUGAUAGAGGUCUAUCCGCGUACUUGAUCAUUUCCAUCAUCGUGCUGUCCUUCGAGAUUAUCAACGAUGCGGUGACUGGGUGGAUCUCGCUUCAAGGAACGGUCGCAGAUGAUCGGCCACGCAGGCACAUUACCAAAGCGAUCUAUACACAUGCGCUUCUUAUGAUCAUUGAGUUCGCAGUUCAAAUCUUCGGUCUCAGUCUGAUCCUCGGCUCGUCACCAUUGACAUGUCCGGAACCCUCCAAAGUGGGGCUGGUGGUUCGCAUCCUGAUCGGACUGAGCACAGCAGGGCUACUGGGAUACUUUAUCCUCACCUUGAUCUUGUUCCUCCGAUCGACCUCGCUGGAUGUGGACGCCAUCGACCAUACCUCCGUUUGGCGCAAACGGUUGAAGCUCAUGUUUUUCUCGCACUCGCGGAAGCAAAGGCUCGAUGCGGCCGGUACGAGCACGAACGAUGACGAUCCGGACGUGUUGACGGAGGUUGCGAGAAUCUUCGCCGAAUUCAUGCAGGAUGCCAUCACGGUACCGAGUGACAUCUUGGUUGGGGUAGUUUUACUGCGGCAAAAGCAAAGACGCAGACGGGCGAAACAGUUGGAGGCCGGGAGUCAGAUCUUCAACAUAUCCAUGGCCGACGCGUCCACCACUCUCUCCGGGAAGGCGGCUGCUGGGCUGUUGGAUCCGCCUAAAGCGAAUACGCCUCUGGUUCAGGAGAUGGCGGAAGUGGAGAUACCAGCAUCGUCCAUCGCUACGCCGGCCACAUCAACUACUGGCGUCCGUAACGUGCCUGUCCUGUACGAUGAGAUAUCCGACAUCACGUACUUCUUCCAGUACGCCGAAUGCAUCUACGGCUUGCCGCUUUACAUGCUGACCAACAUGAAGCGCGGGGUAUACCAUUUGUGUUGUCCAUGGUCGCGGAAAUCCCCGGAGACCGCUGUGGCAGCCAUCCGCUCGUACACUACCGAGACUUUCAUUCCGUGUCUUCCGGUUUCAAUUCCCAUUGGGGACCAGCUACCUCAUGCCGAUUUGGUCCACAUCUCUCUGCAAGGGGGACUCUUCAGAUCGCCGUUUGUGGUCUGCUUUGAUCAUCCACGGUCGACCAUCGUGAUUGCAGUGCGAGGGACCCUGUCGACGGCCGAUAUCUUGGUAGAUCUGAACUGCGAUCUGACCGAGAUCGAUGUCCCCGGGUUGGAGAGCGGUGACAAGGCUCACACGCAUUCUGGAAUGUUCCGGACGGCGAAGAAUGUCAUGCGGGAGAUUGAACGCGAGGGCGUACUGAGGCGGUUGCUGCUGGAAGAGGGAAGCAAGUACCAGAGUUAUGGCCUUGUCUGUUGUGGACAUUCCUUGGGCGGGGGCGUGGCUUGUCUGCUAGCCUUCCUCCUGCGCACAAGCACGUAUCCGACAGCCCGCGCCAUAUGCUACAGUCCACCAGGCUGCAUGGUAACUCACAGCGCACAGGGAUACUUCCAGCAAUUCUGCACAACCGUCGUCCUGGGCACUGAUGUCGUUCCCCGACUCAAUCGAGCGACAGUCGAAGACCUGAAAGUGAAUGUCAACAGAUGUCUAAGCACCUGCCACCAGCAUAAACUUCGAGUUCUGGGCUCGUGGGUGUUACAGGACUGGUUGGGCGUACCAUGGUUCUUGCGUCGUGCAAACAGCCCCGAGGAGGAUGGGGAGGAUCGGGCUGGGUCUGAUAAUGGGGACGGCGGGUUCGGCGAGCAGCUCACUACAGACGAUGAGGAAGAUCCCGACCCCGUCGCAGCCCAACGCCGUCGUCUACGGUCCAGUCGGAAACUGCGCCACGAUACCCAAGAAAGUGUCGGGAGCACGAGCAACCUGGUAGUGAACCGCACUUCCGUCGGGUAUCGGCCUGGGAAGGAACAGAUACAUCCGACGUUGACUCCGGAUUUGGAGCUGGGUAAUCCGAUGGACAGCUUUCAGCUUGGAAGCGGCGAGGCAUCGAGUGCAGCCCAGCAACCGCGGCGCAUGUCGAGUCCCAGUCCGGAAAGAUCUUCAAAAUUGUCGAAUUCGCAGACGAUAUACGCCAAAACGUACCUUCCGGGCAAGAUUUUGUACUUUCAGAAGACCCGGGCUGACCUUGUGCAAAGACCAGCUCGUCCAUCAGGGGGGGUUUCGGCUAUCCCGGAGGCCGCAUCAUCAGCUGCCGACCCUCUCACCGACGACACGAUAUCACAACCCCGAGAGCUAGAAACCAUCCGAGUAUCCGCCGACUCCCCCUCCCAAACCUCCCCCUCCAGCGACACUAGCGGCCAUCAACGCCCCAUCAAACACCACACCCCCUUCUCCUCCUUCACCCGCUGGACCUCCUCCAUGCGUCCCCUCACCAAAUCCAAGUCGCGGCCGUCGCCCCGAUCACAAGAUCCCCGCCGGCACCCGCGCCUGUACACGGCGACAUGGGCGACGGCAGACCAGUUCCAGGAGAUUGUGAUUUCGACGACGAUGGCAGGGGAUCAUAUGCCGAAUCAUAUGGCGAAGGUGUUUAGGAAUGUGGAUGCUGCUGUUGCGAGGAGGAGAAGGCGGAAGGCGGCGGCGGCGGGUGGGGUUGGUGGAGGUGCGAAUGGAGAUGUUAUUAUUGACGUAGAUGAGGAUGAGGCGGGGGGGCUUGAUGAUGGGAUCGUGCCGCCGGUUCUUGGAAGGUGAGGUUGAAGUUGUUCACAUUUAGCAUUGGACUGUGACAAUUUUGGAGGAGAAUCUCAUCAGAACGAUGAUCUCGCAAGUGAUAUCAAUCGCAGGCCCUUGCGUA